AAGGGAGAGGGAGCUCAGAGCUGGGAAGAAAGCUCUCGAUGGCGGCGGUGCCUUGGAGAGGGCUGCUGCUGCCUUUGCCUUGCGCUUCUGCUUCCCCCCCGGCGCCACUUUGGAGCAACUUUGCCUAACUUUGGGGCACCUUUGGGGGGCUUUGGGGACCCCUGGCAUCUGGAGAGGACCCUCCUGGGCCAGAUCGAGCCUUUGGGGGCCCAAAAGAAGCCCCCUUUGCCUUCCUCUGGCUUUGCAAAGGAAGGUCGUUGUUUUUUCCUCCAGCUUGGAAGCAGCCAUGGCGCACCUCCAUUUUGGUGCGCGCUCUUGGUGAGCUUUUUCCACCGGCUCUUUUCCUUUUUUCCCUUUCAUUCAUCCUCCCUUUUGGAGAUUGAUCUUUUAAAAUCGAACCCUGAUAUUGAGAUAUAGAUAAUAUUUUUUGCAAAAUCCUCUUUUUUUGUUGCUGCUGCUGCUUCCCUCCCUCCUUUGCUUCCAAAGCUUUGGGGAGCUCCUGUGUUUUUUCCCACGACCUGAAACUCAGAUCAGGUUAAGCCUGGGUCCUCCAAUAUUGUUUUGGGGGCAAUUAUUAACGAAUUUACCUUUUUAUUUUUGGGAACACCUUCGAUUGAUUUGUCCUCGCCGCUUUGCAACGACGACGCCAUCCAGAAAGCAAAGCCUGGGCUCCUUUCCUCUCCAAGGGCUGACUUUGGGAAACUUUGGAGAGAGGAUGCUCCCUGGGGCUGGCUGCCCUCCUUCCCCUCUUUUUCACCCCAAAUACAGUUUUAAUUUCCCUAAUCCUUUUCUUUUUUAAUACCUUUUUUGCAUGCUUGCAAGGAACCCUCGCAGCAGCAGCAGCAGCAGCUUCAGGAUCUUUUUGUUCUUGCAAAACCGAAAGCUUUGCCUUUCCUUUGGGGAACCUUUUUUACCUUUCGUUCAACUUUGCGUUGACAAGUAAAUACCUGGCCAAGAAGACAUCAAACCGAGGCACCUUUUUCCUUAUUUUUUAAACCUUUUGAGAAUUUAAAAGAUGAUGAGAAACACCGAGAAAUGCCAAGGCGAGGAGGAGGAGGGUUCAUGCCAGAGCAAUCCUUCCAGCCACUCGGCUUCUGAGGAGGCCUCGGGUUCCGAUUCGGCAAGCCCCUCCGACAGCGAACAAGGCAGCGACCAUGGAAGCGAAUCCAACAGCAGCUUGGAAAGCUCGGAAAGCCAGUCGGAAUCCGAAAGCGAGUCGACCGGUUCAAAAUCGCAGCAGACGCCUCCGGAAACCAAAGAGAAACCAGCCUCCAAGAAAGAAAGGAUAGCCGAUGUCAAAAAAAUGUGGGAAGAAUAUCCAGAUGUUUAUGGGGUGAGGAGGUCAAACCGAAGCAGGCAGGAGCCCUCCCGCUUUAAUAUAAAUGAAGAGAUGGAGAAAAUGAGGCCCAGGAAAGUUCAGAAUCAGACUGAAAAUGUCAAAGUUGGAAGUCCAAAGGGAAAUAGUGAAUCUGAGGGCGAGAGUCCCAAAAGAAGAGGCCAGAAGCAAAUGAAAAAAAUAGAUAAAUGGAAGAGGGACGGCUCCAGUGAUGAUGCUGAAGAUGAAGAUCGCCAGGAACAAGGGACUAGCGCAGAGAGCGAACCUGAGCAGAAGAAGGUCAGAGCCAGGAGACCUGUCCUAAGAAGAGCAGUGGGCAGAACCAUUGCAAAGAAGGUCCUUAAGCCCCAGCGCGGAAAGAGGCGGAGGAAAACAGAGUCCUCUGAGGAGGAGGAUGAUGAUGACGAUGAUGAAGCGCCCAAAAGGCAGACUCGCAGGCGAGCGGCCAAAAAUGUCAGUUACAAAGAGGACGACGACUUUGAGACGGACUCCGAUGACUUGAUAGAGAUGACUGGAGAAGGAGCCGAAGAGCAGCAGGAUAACAGCGAAACGAUUGAGAAAGUGUUGGAUGUGAGGAUUGGCAAAAAAGGGGUCACUGGGGCUUCCACCACCGUCUACGCGACAGAAGCCAAUGGCGACCCUUGUGCCGACUUUGACCCUGAGAAGGAAGAAGGGGAGGCCCAGUAUCUGAUCAAAUGGAAAGGCUGGUCAUAUAUCCACAGCACCUGGGAGAGUGAGGACUCCCUCCAGCAGCAGAAGGUGAAAGGCCUGAAGAAGCUGGAGAACUUCAAAAAGAAAGAGGAUGAAAUCAAGCAAUGGCUGUCAAAGGUGUCCCCAGAAGAUGUAGAGUACUAUAACUGCCAACAAGAGCUGGCUGCUGAGCUGAACAAGCAAUACCAGAUAGUGGAAAGAGUGAUUGCUGUGAAGACGAGCAAAUCGGCAACACCUGGCUCUGAAUUUCUAGUUCACAACCGCAAAUCCUCCUCUUCCUCCAAUGAGCCCGAAUACCUUUGCAAGUGGAUGGGGCUCUCCUACGCAGACUGUAGCUGGGAAGAUGAAGCCCUGAUUAGCAAGAAAUUCCAGCAUUGCAUCGACAGCUUCAACAGUCGGAACAACUCCAAAACCAUGCCCACACGGGAUUGCAAGGUGCUGAAACAGAGGCCUCGGUUUGUGGCUUUGAAGAAACAACCUUCUUAUAUCGGUGGGGAGAACCUGGAACUCCGUGACUAUCAGCUGGAAGGCCUGAAUUGGCUGGCGCACUCAUGGUGCAAGAACAACAGCGUCAUCCUUGCCGAUGAGAUGGGCUUGGGGAAGACCAUCCAGACGAUCUCUUUCCUCUCUUACCUCUUCCAUCAGCAUCAGCUCUUUGGCCCCUUCCUGAUCGUGGUCCCCUUGUCGACGCUGACCUCGUGGCAGAGGGAGUUUGAGAUCUGGGGCCCCGAGAUAAACGUGGUCGUGUACAUAGGAGAUCAGAUGAGCAGGAACGCUAUCCGUGAGUAUGAGUGGGUCCAUGCUCAGACCAAACGCCUGAAAUUCAAUGUCCUCAUCACGACGUAUGAGAUUCUUCUGAAGGACAAGACUGUUCUAGGGAGCAUUAACUGGGCCUUCCUUGGCGUGGAUGAAGCCCACCGCUUGAAGAACGACGAUUCCUUGCUGUACAAGACAUUGAUCGACUUCAAGUCCAACCACCGGCUGCUCAUCACAGGGACGCCUCUUCAGAAUUCCCUCAAAGAGCUCUGGUCCCUGCUGCAUUUUAUCAUGCCUGAGAAGUUUGAAUUGUGGGAAGACUUUGAAGAUGAUCAUGGGAAGGGGCGAGAGAAUGGGUACCAGAGCCUACACAAAGUCCUGGAGCCGUUCCUCCUGCGCAGGGUGAAGAAAGAUGUGGAGAAGUCUCUUCCUGCCAAAGUGGAGCAAAUCCUCCGGGUAGAGAUGUCUGCCCUCCAGAAGCAGUAUUACAAGUGGAUUUUAACAAGGAACUACAAAGCACUUUCCAAGGGGACCCGCGGCAGCACUUCCGGUUUCUUGAACAUAGUGAUGGAGCUGAAAAAGUGCUGCAACCACUGCUAUCUGAUCAAGUCCCCUGAAGAGAAUGAGAGGGAGAACAGCCAGGAGAUGCUCUUGUCUCUUAUCAGGAGCAGCGGGAAGCUCAUCCUCUUGGACAAACUGCUGAGCAGACUGCGGGAACGGGGCAACCGAGUCCUCAUCUUCUCCCAGAUGGUGCGGAUGCUGGACAUCCUGGCGGAGUACUUGGCCAUCAAGCACUACCCUUUCCAGCGGCUGGACGGCUCAAUCAAAGGCGAGAUCCGAAAGCAGGCGCUGGAUCACUUUAACGCCGAGGGCUCAGAGGACUUCUGUUUCCUGCUGUCCACACGAGCCGGUGGCCUGGGCAUCAACCUGGCGUCUGCUGACACCGUGGUGAUCUUCGAUUCAGACUGGAACCCUCAGAAUGACUUGCAGGCUCAGGCGCGGGCUCACCGGAUCGGGCAGAAGAAGCAGGUGAACAUCUACCGCUUGGUUACAAAGGGGACAGUGGAAGAGGAGAUCAUUGAAAGAGCCAAGAAGAAGAUGGUGCUGGAUCAUCUGGUGAUACAGCGCAUGGACACCACAGGCCGGACUGUUCUGGACAACAGCUCUGGCAGAACCAACUCAAACCCUUUCAACAAGGAGGAGCUGACAGCCAUCUUGAAGUUUGGGGCUGAAGACCUCUUCAAGGAAGCAGAAGGGGAAGAAUCUGAGCCACAGGAAAUGGACAUUGAGGAAAUCCUACGUUUGGCUGAGACGCGAGAGAAUGAAGUGUCCACCAGUGCAACAGAUGAGCUUCUGUCUCAGUUUAAGGUGGCUAACUUUGCCACAAUGGAGGAAGAAGAAGCUGAGCUGGAGGAGAGAUCUCAAAAGGACUGGGAUGAUAUCAUCCCCGAAGAACAGAGGAAGAAAGUGGAGGAAGAGGAGCGGCAGAAGGAGCUGGAGGAGAUAUACAUGCUCCCCAGAAUCCGCAGCUCUGCGAAAAAGGCUCAGGCCAAUGACAGCGAUUCGGACAUUGAAAUGAAGAGGAAGCUGCAGAGGUCAUCUGGUUCUGAGAGUGAGACAGAGGACUCAGAUGAUGAUAAGAGGCCGAAGCGCCGAGGGCGGCCCAGGAGUGUCCGAAAGGACAUGGUGGAAGGAUUCACAGAUGCCGAAAUCAGGAGGUUUAUUAAGGCCUAUAAGAAGUUUGGAGUCCCCUUGGAGCGUCUCGAGUCCGUCGCCCGAGAUGCUGAGCUGGUGGACAAGUCGGUGGCAGAUCUAAAACGUUUGGGGGAGCUUCUUCACAACAGUUGUGUUUCGGCCAUGCAGGAGUAUGAAGAGCAGCUGAAAGAGAACCCUGCGGAAAACAAAGGACCGGGAAAGAGAAAAGGUCCCACCAUCAAGAUCUCUGGCGUCCCGGUGAAUGUCAAAGCCAUUAUUCAACAUGAAGAAGAGUUUGCAAUGCUUCACCAGACAAUUCCUGCCGACUCGGAGGAGAGAGCCAAGUUUUGCCUGACCUGCCGAGCCAAAGCAGCCCAUUUCGAUGUCGAAUGGGGCUUGGAGGAUGACACCCAUUUGCUGCUGGGAAUUUAUGAGCAUGGUUAUGGGAAUUGGGAGCUCAUUAAAUCUGAUCCAGAGCUGAAACUAACCAACAAGAUCUUGCCGGUUGAGACAGACAAAAAGCCACAGGGGAAGCAGCUCCAACUCCGGGUGGACUAUUUGCUGAGGUUGCUCAAGAAAGAGUUGGAGAAAAAGGAGGGCGUGAAAGAGACAGAAGAGAUCAAGGUGAAAAAGAGGAAGCCCCGUGCAAAGAAGGAGAACAAGACCAUCAAAGGCAAGGAUGAGCAUGGGAAUGAAGUCUCUCCUCGGCACUCGGACAACCCAUCAGAAGAUGGGGAGGUCAAGGAGGAUGGGCGGGAUAAGAGCCCUGCCAAAAAGAAGCAGAAGAAAGAUAAUAAAGAAAAUAAAGAAAAACAGGCAGCAGUCAAGAAAGAAAAGGAGGUUGAAAAGGAGAGAAAGAAAACAAAGGACAAGAAAGAGAAGCCCAAGGGCAGUGAGGCCAAAUCUGGAGGCAAAGGGAAGCGAUCACAGGGCCCCGUCCACAUUACAGCCGGGAGUGAACCCAUCCCUAUCGCAGAAGAGGAGGAUGAUGAUUUGGAUCAGGAGACCUUCAGCAUUUGCAAAGAGAGGAUGCGGCCAGUCAAGAAGGCCCUGAAGCAGCUGGACAAACCAGAAAAGGGGCUCUCGGUGCAAGAACAGCUGGAGCACACACGCAGCUGCCUGCUGAAGAUAGGCGACCGCAUCUCCGAGUGUUUGAAAGCCUAUUCCGACCAGGAGCACAUCAAACUCUGGCGAAGGAACCUGUGGAUAUUUGUGUCCAAGUUUACCGAAUUUGACGCGAGGAAGUUGCACAAGCUGUAUAAGAUGGCACACAAGAAGCGGUCCCAGGAUGAGGAGCAGGAACAGAAGAAGAAGGAGGAGCCCGUGGGGGUCAAGAAGCCAUUUCGGCCAGAGCCUUCUGGGUCCAGCCGGGAUUCCAUGGUCCCUCAGAUACCUCAUGGUCCUCCUCAGAAGGUCCACCAGCAUCCGCUUCAUCCUCCCCAGAUGCAUGGACACCAACGUGACAACUACAACCACCCAAACAAAAGACACUUCAGUGGUGCAGAGCGGGGCGACUGGCAGCGGGACCGCAAGUUCAACUAUGGCGGCAAUGCCAACCAAGUCUGGGGUGGAGAACGGCACCAUCAAUAUGACCAACACUGGUAUAAGGAGCACCACUAUGGAGACCGCCGACCGCGUGGGGAGCCUCACCGCAGUUCGGGCAACUACCGGCCAAACAACCCAUCCCGCAAGCGGCCCUAUGAGCAAUACAACAGUGACCGAGACCACCGGGGACACAGGGACUACUAUGACAGGCACCACCAUGACUCCAAGCGGCGAAGAUCAGAUGAAUUCAGGUCUCAGAACUAUCACCAGCAGGAUUUCAGACGGAUGUCUGACCACAGGCCUCCUGUGAGCUACCACAACCAGGGGCCUUCAGACCAUUACCGCUCUUUCCACCCAGAGAAAGCCUCCGAUUACAAGCAGAUGCUCCCUCCUUCUCACUCCCAAGUCUCCGAUCCUCGCUCUCCACCUGCACAGAAGUCCCCCCAUGAUGCCAAGUCUCCCCUUGAUCACCGGUCGCCCCUAGACAGGUCUGUUGAACAGAAGAGCAAUCCAGAAUAUAACUGGAACAGCCGGAAGACAUAGAGCCCAAGUCUGAGACUGAGCAGGAGAACUGCUUCUGAAUUAACCUGAUCCGAGGGAUUAACAGCAGCCACUGCUGGUUCAUCACACCAAGAAGCAGAGACUCUAAAUGUGCUGCUGUGUUGGCUCUGUGUUUCUGAAGGGGAGGAAUGUAAGAACUGGAUUUAAUGGGGGCAGCUGGGUUUUUGCCCCAAUCCCAUAGUCCCACACUGGUUGAACACUGGGCAUUGGCUUCUCUGCCCGGUUCUGUGGGCCUGUUGAGGAAAGACCGACCCUGUGCCAGUUUUUUGUUUCUGAACACUGAAACUAGGACUCCUGUAAACAUUUCAUGUAACUUGGAGAGACAGCUACUGAGGACACAAAUGGAGCAGAAUGCAGGAUGGCUUUGGGUGCUGCUGGAGAAAGAGAGGCCAUCGCAGAAAGGGAGAAAGAGGUGGGAACACUUGCCUCCCUCCUAACUCCCAAUAUCCAUUGUUUUUCUUCUGACAUUUUCCCCUCAUCUUCUUUAUUCCACUUUCUAAUGGAAACCAAGGAUAGGAAUGGGAUUAGAUGGAAUCCCUCUGGUGUUUUACUACCUUUCUGGACAUUUCCCAAAGACACACACACACCCUUUCUGCUCCUCUCUUUAUUCUUUCACAAAGAGAUGAAGGACCACCAUGUCUGGAUCAGACAUUUUUGCACAGGGAAGGAAAUGCCCCUCAAGGACCGGAGUGGAGCUUGUUGGCGCCUGAAAAGGUCCUGUCCUGACUUUGUACCUAGUGUUUGAAGGCAUCACAAGAUGGCUGCCCUUAUGCUAUGUAUUGGGGUCCACAAAGCCCUUGUUUGCCACCUCAGAGGACAAUGCGAGCAGCAGAUGGCUCUUCAUCACCUCUUAUGCUCUGAAGCAUCAAACGCACUUGUGGACAUGUUGUGCGCUCUGAGCAGCAGCUACUUACUCCAUAAAAACUGGAAAAGCAGGAACUCUUGAUGGUUCACACUGAGUCCAAAAUCUCCUGUUUGGGGUUCAAGUCACUGCUGUUGUUAACGUAUGAAGAGGAGGGGAACCAGGCUGUUUUGAAGUGUUCUGUCAACAACCAGCAAUGUAUUAAUCCUGAAAGGUUAUCUGUGGAGGAGCGCCCCUAAAUUUGUUGCCAUCACACCCCAGUUUGCAGGCCUUGGCAUGCAGUUUUCCAACACAAUGGGGGGAAGUAAAUCCUCUUUACCCCAAAUCCAACAGCCUUUGCCCUCCAUGUUUUAUGCUGGGUGGGCAUGAUAGAAACACAAGGCAACAGAUGCCCAUUCACUUGCAAAAGUGUUAAAUGGAGUAUGGACCCGCAAAGUGAAGGGGUGCAAAAUCCAGUGUUUUCGUCUGGUUUUUGGAAAGAUUUAGGAUGUAUGUGUGUGUUUGCACAUUCCAGGGAAUCACAUUUUAAUCUUAUUUCACUCAGUGAAAUGAUAGAAGAUGGUAUAAAACACACUCCGAAGGUCCUUUUAUUUUCACAUAGGGUGUUAUUUCUUUAAUGUGAAUACUUUUCUCACCCCAUUUAAGUGGAAAGACAGAGACAGAGGAAAAGUGUGUUAUAAUUAAUUAGUUAAUUAAAACAUUUCUUCUUCCAUUCGGAGUCAUGGAAUGCCACUGUAACAUUGAACUAUAUAUUCCUGUGCCAAAACGUUGCUGUAAGAGAGAGGUGGACGACUGAGGUUUUUCCCCCCCUAAAUGUCAAAGUAUUACAGGGAAGGAACCUCGGCCCAAAUGGAAGAGACGCACUUGUGAGUCACCAGUACGCAAAGGGGUUUUGUGUGAAAGACGUAAGCCUAAGCUUUCAUUGAUUUGGUUGGCUUCCACAGAUGCACAAAAUGAAGUGGUGUAGCAUGUUUCAAAAUGAUUGGCAGCUGUCAAACUGACGUAGAGCCUCCCCUGGACAUCCUCUAGACCAGUGAUUCCCAGACUUAGUCCUCCAGAUGUUUUGGACUCCCAGGAGCCCCAGCCAAGCCUGGCCAACAGUCAAGAAUUCUGGGUGCUGAAGUCCAAAACAUCUGCAAGAUCAAAGUUUGGGAACCCAACAGCUUAUGUGUCUUGAGGAAGCCGCAGGAAUAACCUGAACUUCCAUUUUCGGCAUUUUGCAACUGCUCAAGUCAAGAGCAGACUAGGCACAUACUAUUUGCAGUGUGUCUGAAGUAGGGAAGGAGUGUUGGAUUGGUGCCCAUUUGGGAUGGAUAAUUCAUAGAUUUGAGAGUGAAGAGAAUGGUGGGGAACAUUUAGUGACCCAUAGGUAUCCUCCACAUUGCAGCCCUGUCCUGUCCUAUACAUUUCCUCCACUAUCCAGAGCUGAAAGUACAUUUGCUCCUUAAAACCUUGACCUUAAAGGGGAAAGACCAACUGGUCCUGACCCCUAAACAAACAGUACUUAACAUUAAUUUAUAUUUGUGACAACAUUCUGCCGGUGUCCUCGUGGUUUCUGAUGUAAAUAUGUUGUUUAUAGAGUAUGUAUUAAAUUUUCCUACACUGUAAAACAGCUGUACUUUGGAUUCUUCUAUAUUAAAAUGUGAGAUGGACAUUUUCACAAA